AUGACCGGAAACCUUUGCCUGACACUAUCCUCUAACACUUACGAGAAUCCUAGAUCAUAUGAAAUCGUUUAUCCUCCAUUACCCAUUGGUAUAUCGUUAGCUCAAAUAGAUAAAACGUAUUACGGCUGCGAUCCCAAAAGCCUUGAGACCAAUUGUACCAUCGAUAAUUGUGUGGGGGCUGUCCCUUGCUCCAAUAAUACGCAAAUCGAGUGUUACAACAACAUGUGCACGUGUUCAGCCAUUUGGUGGUUGGGAGAAAAGAUAUUCGAUUGUAACUCUAAGGAUGCCUAUGCAGCUCCAGAAUUUCAGCCUAGGAAAAGUGGAAUCAUUCCGGCCAAGAUCAUUGGAUUAUUCGACUACAGAUUGCACUACGGAUGUGAAAACGUUUCGGAAUUGGUGGAUUGUUACUGGGAAGUUUGCGAUACCAAUACUAAUAAUCAAAAUAGAGUCAGUAGACCCAAUGGUGGCUUGGAAGAUAUUAACAACGGGGUUUGCCAAGGUUACCCAGGAGCCGAAUGUUAUCCUAACGCGUGCAAAAAAUGUUCCGCCUUCUGGUGGUUCCAAUAUCAGAAGGUGGAUUGUGACGAGGAAUAUGGAGAACUGAAGCGUAGAAAUACGUUUGACGGACUGAACGAAAUAGGAUGCGACGGAUAUACGUGCAAUUGCGACGCGAAGCUUCCCGAAACGACGUGUUAUCACGACCCUUGCGUUAACGCCACUUGUUACCUGUACCCGCGAGCCCAAUGUAGAUCUCACAAUUGUUUUCAAUGUGAAGCAAGAUUUUACGCCGGCGAUCGGGAAGUCAAAUGUGUUUAA